GACUGUGGGAUGAAUGAGGUUCAGAUUGAGCCAAAAGAAAGGACAGGCAGGGAAGUGUGGGGUUUUGUGCCCAGGUACAGCCAGAUCCUCUCCCACAGCUGGGAGGGGCCAAGGGCAGGAGACACCAGCUGGUCUGGUCUGGAAGGGAGGUCACCUGACUCACGACUCAGCCUGGUCCUGCACACACCCCCUUCCCUUCACUAUCACAGAGAAGCUGGUCCCACGCACAACACUGGAUAAACAUUGGACCCUCUGCUCCAGCUGCUAACAUCAUGUCUGUGAGCAAUGGGAGGAUGGAGUCAUCCCUGGUUCAUGAGAUCCUCAGCCACCUGGGCCUGGCCAACAAGACUGCAGCUUGGGGUACCCUGGGGACUCUCAGGCCGUUUUUGAGCUUCAAUGUGGACAAGGAUGUACAGCGGCUACUAGAAGCUAUUGCAGGCCAAGGUGUGGAUCAGGGCACCAUAGUGGAUGUGCUGACCAACCGCAAUGGUGAACAAAGGCAACUUAUUGCCCGAGCCUUCCAGGAGCGCACCCAGCAGGACUUACUGAAAUCCCUGCAGGCAGCUCUUUCUGGAAGCUUGGAGAAGAUUGUGGUGGCACUGCUGAAACCCGCAGCCCAGUAUGAUGCCCAUGAACUAAGGGCAGCACUGAAGGAUAUAAGUUCUGCUGAGGAUGUAGGAGUGGAAAUCCUUUCUACGCGUUCCCCACCGCAGCUACAGGAGUGUCUGACUAUCUACAAACAUGAUUUUCAAGUGGAGAUUGAGAAUGAUGUAAGAUCAGAGACAAGCGGCCUUCUGAGGGACUUGCUGCUAGCAUUGGCUAAGGGCACCCGGGAGAGCUAUUCUGGGAUAAAGGAUUACAACUUGGCAGAGCAGGAUGCACAGGCAUUACAAGAGGCUGGAGAAAUGGGCACAGGGGAAACUUGGAUCAUGAUUCUUACCCAACGAAAUACCGAACACCUCAACCGAGUGUUUGAUCAAUAUCAGAGACAUAGUGGUCAGGAGAUAGAGGAUGGCAUCCAGAAAUAUUUUCAUGAAAGUGCCCAGACUGCUCUUCUCACCCUAGCCUCCGUAAUCAGGAACAUACCACUGUACUUUGCUGAAAAACUCCACCAGGCUCUCCAGGGAGCUGAGCCAAACUACCAAGUCUUGAUGCGCAUCCUCAUCUCUCGAAGUGAGACUGACCUCCUAAGCAUAAGAGCGGAGUUCAAGAAAAAGUUUGGAAAGUCCCUCUAUUCAUCUCUCCAGGAGACCAUGAGAGGGGACUGCCGGUCAGCUUUACUAGCCCUAUGUCGGGCUGAAGACAUUUGACAUACAUCCCCCAGAACCUUGUGUCUGCCACUUCCAUCUACCCCUCUUGUCAUUUCCAAGGAUUAGAGACAUGCAGGCCUGGCUGGGCCUUCUGGAGGUCAUUUUGUCUAUUCCUUUGCCUUUAAAUAAGAUGACUUCACAAAAACCAAACAGGAAUCUCUCCUACGCUCCUAAGUUUCAUCUACUUUUAAAGGUCCCUGAUAAUCUGCAGUCUUGCUCCUCUAGCUUUGCACUGGCUCUUCCAGUCUUUACAAGGUACAUAUGGUCAGUGGAGAAUUUCACAAGAGCCUAAACUUUACAAGCAAGUUUAUGGUUUGUCUUCCUUUGGGUGGAGAACUUAGGAGCUAGAGAGGCUUUGAUCUCCACUUUUUUUUUUUGAUCUGCACUUUCAAAACACAAACAUGAAUUGUUUCUAGAUCCACCUCCUCUACUCUAGACCCUCCUCUCCUUCCCACCCCCACCACUCAUCCUUCCUUGGGGAAGAAAGACAAUAAUUUAGAUCAACAAUGAAGAAAGUAGCCACAGGGCAGAAGACACCAAGUCAGAGGUUGCAAGAGAGGAAAUAUCUUCUAUGUUAGGUGGGGUAUAGGGAAUGGGACCAAGAUGCCUUUUAAAGUUUCUGUGAUCAACAUGUAGCCUGACCCAAAUCUCAUACACCAAUGUUGAUUUAAAGUGAUGAUUUAGAAUUGGAACACUAUGUAUAUAGGACCUACAGUGAAAAAAACAAGAGCAACCAAAUGGAAUUUCAGCUCCCUCUGUUGGCCUUAGGACAAAUUGCCCUCCACAUUCCUCACCCUUUUUCCACACCUCACCAUGACAAAUACUCUACUCCACCCUGCCCUAUAGGAUGGUAUGAAGUGUAAGGUUAAAAAAAAACUCAGGAAAGAAGUUUUAUUUUCAAACUUCUAAGAAGGCAUUAAAAAUGCCAGGUAGAAACCCAAACAAAACCCUGAAACCAAAAUGAGAAGCAUGCCCUGGGGACAGCCAAGAGAAGUCCAGCCAACUGGAGGUGAGAAGAAAGGGACACUCUAGACUAAGAAAUUU